GCAAGCAUCUAAACACCAGUUUUGAAAUUUUUACAAAUUUCGUUAUAAAAGUUGUAUAGAAGGCACCAUUUGUAAAGAGUAUCAACGUAAAAGAACGGUUAGUGGAAAUAUUUCCAGCUUUGAGUGUGUUUGAUAUUAAUAUUGAUGAUCAAAUAUUAGAGGAAAAUAACCGAUACUUGAUUAUAUUAUUGAAAAUGGAUGAUACGAUAAACAAAUUUUGGAAAUUGCAUUUUUGCUCUGGCAAACAAUACCAAUAGAAAUGCAACGACGUAAUUCCAGAUUAUGGAUACUUGGAAUCGUCUGGUGAUAGCAGUUAACUCCGGAGAGUAACUGUGGACGGAACGUGCACACUUCACAGAAUUUGUGCUAGGACGAUUUUCGAUAGAUCUAAACACAUCGCACACAGAGAAAUCCGGAUGCCUCAGGGAUAAAUACAGUUUACAAAUGUUUGUUCAAUAACUAAUUUUAGGUAAAACCGCUGAAGUGGAAAUUUGCAUGUUGUAUGUACCAGAGUGAUGGAAUUAAAAUCUCUGCUUUCGAGUGAAACAAAAGGAUGACGAUCUGGUAACGAUUUUAACACGUAAAACCCGUAUAACAAGGGUGGUCUCCUCGUGUACUUUGGAAAUUAGUUUGAUACAUCUCAGAACAAGCUGUUGAUACAACGUGGGGUUACGAUACAUCUAAAACACUAGUCGUUAUGGAGUUACAGAAACUUGGCGUGUCUCUAGCGUAUAAUGUUGUAGAUACAGUGGAGCCCUGUGUUAACUCGUGUUUAUCGCUGACCGGAUGUGUGUCCGCAGAAAUCUGCCGGAAACAUAUAGAGGAUUAUAUUUUCCCGCGUCCUCUGGAAUGGGCCUUUAUUGUCGUGUAUGGAAUUUUGUUCUGUUUUGGUCUUAUUGGAAAUGCCCUUGUGUGUUACGUAAUAUGGCAUAGCCAUCACAUGCAAACUGUAGUCAACAUAUUCAUCUUCAACCUUGCCGUUGCGGAUUUCCUCGUCAUUUUCUUCUGUCUACCGACUACAAUGCUAGCACACAUAACCGAGACGUGGUAUUUUGGGGACAUAAUGUGUAAAAUCAUACCUUUUCUACAGACCACUUCUGUAGCUGUCUCCGUCCUCACACUGAGCGCGAUAUCUGUCGAGAGGUACUUCGCCAUUUGCCAACCACUGAAAGUCAGACUCACCAACCGGACGAUUAUCAAGAUCAUUGUUGUGAUAUGGCUGGCCGGAAUGGCUGCAUCUAUACCGGAAUUAAUUUACAAUAAGCUGUGGGAAAUAGUUCCGCGUCAAGUCACGAAGUAUUUAGUGCACUGUGGAAAGGAGUGGCCGGUAAACUAUGACCAUAAUUACCAGUUAUUUAUUCUAGUUGUCCUCUACUCAAUCCCUAUAUGUCUUAUGGCCUUCACGUAUUCCGUGAUUUCCCGCCAAUUAUGGAGGAACGAUAUUCCUGGAACAGCCGAAACUAAUCAUGUGUGUUCCCGUUCCGGUUCAGCUAUUUCCGGUCCAGAGAGCCAGCUCCAUUCACGUCGCCGAGCUGCGAAGAUGUUGAUGACGAUAGUUGUGGUAUUCGCCGUGUGCUAUCUGCCUGUGCAUAUCCUUAAUCUCAUAAGGUUCACGGAUUCAUUCCUGAGUAUAGAUGAGAAUAUCAUCAUCAACGUUGCUCUCAUCGCCCACAUCCUCUGUUACGUUAACAGUGCGAUCAAUCCCGUCAUCUACAACUUUAUGUCCGCAAAGUUCCGGAAGGAGUUCCGAAUGACCUUGACUUGUUGUCGGUGUCGUCGUCGCCAAAACUCGUCCCUUGUUCCACCGGGUAUAACGUCAUCGGCACGUAAUAGAAGCUCUAUUCCUCGCACUGAAAGGUUCACCAUGAACACGGUGACUAUAAAACAACCCGGAUGGAUUACGUCCCCUAGAUAUUCAACCGGAAGUGAGAAAGGGAAUCAUAUACGGAUAACAUCUACUCGAUAAAUCUAACUGGUCCUGCACAGAACAGAGUUAUUGUAGUCAAUUGUUGAUUUUUUCUUUUUUAUCGACUGCUGUAAAAUAAAGGUUGAUUUUUGUUUGGUUAAAACUAUUUUAACGGUUAGAAACAUUUCGAAAUGAAAAGAAGUAGCUUUUCGAUGAAAGCUAAACAUUGUGUAAACUAUUCAGGCACUAACAGAAAUCAUGUGCUCGUUCAUCCUGAUGCAGAUGUAUCUAGAUAUAUUUUAUAUUUGUAAAUUUAUCAAGACGUAUCGGUCAGCUCCGUGCUUCACUACUCAGUCUAACGGAAGUGCGAAUAUUAAAUCUACCGGAAGUGAGAAUAUUACUUCAUCGUCUACGUAUAUUUGAUUAAUCAACCGGAUGUAGGGAUUCGUGACUGGUCAGAGGCUGGACAAAUAAAGUGACCGUCUGUCUUUGACAUCAGAGGAGGUUGACCGUUACAGUCCCAGACGAUAACCGGGAGUGUCUCAAACGUUACCAAUGUAUAUCGAAUUUCUAAAUGGAAGAGGAAAUUGCGUGUCCGGAAUCAGGACCGGAACUACGAACACAUUCAUUAUUCAUAACCUUUAUAGUGCAGGACCUUUUUAUGUAACUAGGCCACUUAAGGUCGUUUUCUAUCUCCUUGCAAAUUUACGAAAGCAAGGCACGUGUGAACAUAAUGUGUUAUUGUAAGAAUCCAGAACACUCGAUAUCUAAUUAAAAAAUAGUGAAGAAAUACAUGUAUAGUUAACUGAAGCCAGGUUAAAUGUCAAUUUGAAAAGUUUCUGUAGAAGACACUCUCGCUGAUGUUGUAUAUUAGAAGCCCCCAGAUAUUUACCAUCACAGACCGUUAACAGAUUAAUGCUUGCAUGUCAUUAAGACCAUGCUAGCGCAAGUAACAGGUUGUUUUGAUAAGUGUGUGUGUCAGUCAGGCAUCCAGUAUAUUGAGGGCUGGUACAUGUCAUAAUAUAUAUAUAUAAUAUAUAUGGAAAUCGACAGACGGAAUUAUAUUAGGCAGAGUAAUGGAGAGAUGGGAUUAUAUUCGACAGAGUAAUUGAGAGAUGGACUAAUAUUCAGUAGAAUAAUGGAGGGAUAGAAAUAUUUUCAGCAGAAAAUUAAGAUAUUGAAUUAUAUUCCACAGAUCAAUGGAGAUGGGAUUGUUUUGGCAGAGAAAUUGAAAGAUAGAAUAAUUUUCGACAAUAAAUGGAGAGAUGAGAUUGUAUUCAACUGAAUAAUGGAGAGAUGGAAUCAUAUUCUACAGAGUAAUGGAAAUAUUGAACGAUAUUCUACAGAGAAAUUGAGAGAUAGGAUUAUAUUUCACAGAGAGAUGGAGAUAUGUAGGAUAUCAUUCAAAAUAAUUUAGUGAUGUAGUUAUAUACAUUAUGCAAGCGGAGGGAUGGAUUUAUAUUGUAUAGACCUACAAAGAUGGACUGUAGUAACACAGAUUAACAGGUACUCUCUGUUAUGCUGGAUGAUUAAAGGGACACCGAAUAUAUGCUUUACUAAGGUAUGAGAAGAUAUCAUGCAUACUUUACAUUGUACAAACAGGACAAACAUGAAUGUUAGAGUACUAGUCUGUCUAACGGAGAAAGGCAUUCCACAAAAAUGGGUGUAUGGUAGGCGUGUUUCAAAACGCAAGAUUGGAUAAUGCAAUAUCAUUAAAGAAGCAAACAAGUGGGUUAUCGCAUUUCUUUGAGAGACUGUGGUAUAGAAUUGCAAUUUGAGAUUUAAUGUACAUUUCAAAGAUAUCAGACACGGAGUAUGAAUUACCACAGCGUAGAGAUGGGCAUGCAUUUCACUGGGUGAUCAAAUGUACCAAUUAUGAAGUAACUGAGAUGUUGGUACGUCAUUAUUCAUAAUACAAAUCAGAGGGAUAUUAUGAGCUACCUAAUUAGUCAGCGUAGAGAUCGGUAUAAAUAUUUUUUCACUGAGUGAACAACUCAUAAAGUAACUGAGUUGUUGGUACGUUAUUAUUCAUAAGAUAAAUAAGAGGGUUAUUGUGAGGUACCUCAGUUAGGGUAAAGAUGAGUAUGUAUUUCUCUGAAAAAUCAGAUGUACUACUCGUAAGUGACUCAGAUGUUAGUACGUCAUAAUUUAUUAUAUAAACAAGAGGAUUACUAUGAUGUAAUAUCAUGUCCCUUAUAUAGAUACCUUACAAGUAUACAUAUAUAUAUAUAAUUAUUAUUGAGGUAUAUGCAUAUUGUAUUAUUUAUGUAUCAAAAUGUAUAUUUUAUUACAUGCAGAAAUUGAUUUGAACAAUUAUGAUGAAACAGAGUUUCAGUAUAAUGGCGAUAUUGUUCACUGCAGAAAUGUAGCUUUUGUCUAGCUUAAAUAUUUAGUCCUUAUUCAACUACGCCACGUUGAUGUUUGUACAAUUUUAUGAAAUCAGUCUCCCAUAUCGGUCAUAUCGUAAUUGAAAUGCAUUUAUCAGAUUUAAAAGGGAACUCAAAGAAAUUAUGUUCUUAGACUUAAGAUAAACAAUAACUGCAUAUUUUAAGACAUAUAACCAUUUCAGAAUAUCUGUUUUUACGUUCAGUAAGCUAUUUACAAUAGCUGGUUUAUGCAGCAAGCUAUGUUAUAUAAUCCAAGUGUAUAUGCUUUCAUCUUUUUAUUGAGUUUUCUUUUAAUUUGAAAUUAUUUUAUAUUAUAUCCCGGGAAAUGAUAUAUAUAUUUUACUGGAGUAUUUCCCCUUCAUUAUUCACAAUAACGGUUGUAUUGUAGCCAUUCUAUGAGACAUUUAUAAUAUGAGAAGAUAUAUUG